AAAUUAAAUGUUUGAUGCCGCUAAGUUACUACGACUGAUUUGAAUGCGUCUUUGUCACACCUUGCUAUAUGUGCAUAUUGUGUUCUUUUCUCGGCAAGAAUCCACAGUAGAACCACGUGGUUUCGAGUUAUUAAAUAGAUUAGGAGUAACGCGGGUCAAUAUGGUAUGGUGCAUUGUAAAAUCUUGCCCAAAUAAAAGAGAAAAAAGUUGUAAGACAGAAGUGAGCUUCUUCAGGUUACCAAAGAACGACGUAAUUCGUGAAGGCUGGCUUAAAAAAAUCGGAGAAGUUAGGUUACCUUUAAAUAUAGAAAGUGCAAGGAUAUGUUCAGUCCAUUUUACUGAACAAUUAUUUCACAUAGGAAGGAGGCAAAAGUCCGGAAAAUGUAUAAAUCCGAGACGCCUUCUUUUGCCAAAUGCAUUUCCCACUAUAAUGUUAUCUCCAACGGUGUUCGCGUCGCGAUUGGCGUGUGGCGGGAUUUUUGAGCGGGAAGAACGGAAGUCAACACAGUCUUAUCACGGCACAUAA